AUGGCCUCUUCUUCGACACCCUCAGACUCUCAGCAACAACAACUACCGGGCUUCUUAAGACAGAGCAAAGCAGACAUCCACGCCAAAUUCACCGACCUCGAAUGGCAGCAACGAAACCGUCUACUGCAAGGCACUCAACCUGUUGUUGAUGCCUCAGAACCUCCUUCGCAAUGGUCUCGCCUUACCGGCGACGCUAUCAAAGGCCGCAACCGCUACCUGAACGUUGAACCGUAUGCGGGCAAUCGUAUCAAGUUAAGGGUGGCGGAGGGGGCCAACGACUACAUCAAUGCAUCGCCCAUUCAGCUCGGCCAACGGAAGUACAUAGCCACCCAAGGGCCGAAAGACACCAGUGUCGGCCAUUUCUAUCGCAUGUUGGCCGCUGAGGUUCGGAGUCCGGCAGUGGUGGUCAUGUUGACUCAAACUCAUGAAUCAGGAAAGGAGAAAUGCUUUCAGUACUAUCCGCUGACUGCUGAGGAGUCUCCGCUGGUCAUUCCUGAGGAUGAAACAGCGCCGGAUGGUUUUACUGGUGAGGUCACUCUCGAGGCUGUUGCAGACGACGAGAGGAGCCGCAGUCAGUUGCGAAGACUGAAGCUGCAAGCGAAAGAUCAGUCCGGUGCCGACCAUGAGACCGACAUUCGGCACCUCUUAUUUUCUGGGUGGCCAGAUUUUCUAAUCCCGGAAGGCGAGGAUCGCGACGCUCUCAUCAAGCUCAUCAGGCUGUCAGCAUCUCUCAAUCGUCCCGAGUCAACAUCAACAUCAACUGAGACAAACGGCUCUUACAACUCGCACGCCGACUCAUUCGCCUCCACCGAACAAGACAAUCCGCGUAUCAUCCACUGCAGUGCCGGCGUGGGCAGGUCAGGCACAUUCAUUGCUCUCGAUUUUCUGCUGUCCUUGCUGCACUCGAAUCAGUUGGACGGGCUACCUGAAGACGUGGACCCUAUUGCUGACACGGUGGACUCCUUGCGGCAACAGAGGAUGAUGAUGGUGCAGGGCGAGUCGCAGUACAAUUUCCUCUAUGAGGUGCUGCGGGAACAGAUGUUGGCUAGAUUGGAUGGUUCGAACGCAGCGGCAGGGGCGCAGUCAUGA